AUAACAUUGGUGCAACAAACAAAUAAAUUAUAGUAUAAAAGUGCGUAAAAUGUAAAUGCCUCCGUGCAAGCUAUUCUGUUCCGAUAAACAGUGAAGGUGGGAAUCACAUAAUAGGAGAGCGGGAGGAGGGACGGAUGGGAAGGGGAAGGGAGGCAGGGACCGAGGGGGGAGGAGGCGGUCAAAUCUGCGCAUCUGUCGAGCCAGCGAGGAAGAGGAGCCAGAAAGGGAGAGAGCGAGGAAGGCGAGCCGAGCAGGAUGAGGACAGCGAUGCUGGGGAUGAUUCCCCCGUCGACGCCGGGAUGGGAGACGCCAGAACCACUACGAGCCGGAGCGAUGAACCGUGAGGGAGGAGCCAAGCCGCAGAGGCGACAUGGAGGUGCGUAGCACCCGCUGAGGGAGAGAACCUCUUUAUUGUAGCCUAGCAGCAUCAUCAACACCAUUCGGCCGACCGACCUGAGCGGGGAGGAAGAGGAGGAGGAGGUGGAGGAGGAGGAGGAAGAGGAGGAGAGGGAGGCAGAGAUGGGCUCCCACAUUGCUCAGACCCUGCGUCAGGGCGUGUGGGCGUCCCUCACCGGGGGCUGGUACCAUGACCCGGAGCAGAAGAAAUUCAACAACUCCUGCCACCUCUAUCUGUGGAUCUUCCUGCUCAUCCUGCCGUUGUCUUUACAUCUGGCCCUGCCUCCGACCACCAUGGCCUUGAGCAUCUACUGCGCCUCCGUCACCGUCUUCUUCGUGCUGGUCAAGACGGCCAACUACCGUCUGCACGUGCUGUUCGACGAAGGGGAGGCGGUGGUCCGCAGCAGCCUCUCUGACCUCAGCGGGGCCGCCGACAAGAAGAGCAACACCGCCUCCGACGCCUGCCUGCCCGCCAACAUCAGGAAGAGCAGCACCGUCCCAGACAACGUCGCCAUGACGAUGCUGGCUCGCAAGCGCCCCAGUCAGGUCAUCCAGGUGACCGUCAAGCAGACGGAAACCGACGUGGGACUGAUCGGGGUGGAGUGCUUUAAAUCAGAUGAGGGGAAGACAGUAGAAGUGGCCUGUAGUGCCGAAUGUGCGAAUCCAGGGGAGGCAGGCCCGCAUCCGAGCCCAGAGCCUACCCUGGGAGAAACCCCCGACAAGAAUACUCCUCUGCUGCAGGCUCAGCAGAGGCCCCCAUCCCUAACUGAAAGACAGGAGACUCCAUCUGUGGGAAUGAUCCAUGACAACAAGGAGCCGGCAGACGAGGGAAGACAAGAGGAGAAAGCCAGCGAGGAGAACGUGGAAGCAUGUGGAGAAACAUCUGAAGGUCUUCUACCCCACAAAGCAAAUAAAGAUGAUGGUGGUGAGAAGGAGAGCGAGGACAACAAGGAGCCAUCAGAUGCCAACAAUAACUCACUGCAGACCCCCCGGGAGUGCUCUCACAAGCUCAUUGACAUGCCAGACCCAGCUACACAGCACGAGCAAGGGGAGGAGACAUACUGCUCCGAUGAAAUCGAAGUGGUCCUCACGGACAGUUCCGCUCCGGCAACUUCUUCUCCGCCUCAACACGUGGACGCCGACAGCAACAGCGACGCGGUCAAGAUCGUCAUCACCAUGAGCUGUGACCCUCUCACCGCCGCCCAGCUGGAGGAGAGCGUCAAGCAGAGUCUGCUGGAGAACGCACAGGCUCAAAAGGAUGCUGACGAAUGUCACAUCAAGAUCCCGGUUAUCGUCUUCGACUUGCCCGAGGACGACAAGCAGGAAGCGGAAGAAGAAGGGCAUGAAAAAGAAGAAGAGGACCUAUCAAAGGACGAGCUCACCCUGAGACAGAUGGAGAGCCAAAGCGAGGAGUUCUACUUAUGCAAGGACACAGUCAGCUCACAGUCAGCCACUUCGGGGUGUCUCCUUCCAGGUGGGGAGCAGGCCCUGGUCAGCAUGCCGCAUACCAAUAACAACACCUCAUCCGGUGUGGACGUCUGCUCCCACUUCCAUCCCGAUGACACGGACACUCCGAUUUCCAGCACGGACCCUCAAGGUUUUCUGCGUCUGCCGCCCGCUUUGGGCCGCUAUGGUCCCGGGGGAAGGAUGCACUUACGCGGGCUGAGCAUGGACAGCGGGAAAGACGCCGUGCUGCUUUCGGACCGCUCCCAAAACACAACCACCAUGACCACCUCCAAGUCAGACCUGGAGGCAAAGGAGGGCCAGAUUCCCAACGAAUCCAAAUUCUUGGAGUUCGUCUCCCUGUUGGAAUCUCUUAGUGCCCGAGGGAGCACCAAGGAAGAAGGAUCUGACCUCCAGCCGGACGUGGGAACUUCCGUGGAGACCGAAAAGCAACACACGGAAAACACAAACGCAUCUCCCGGAGCAAAUGAACCCAAAGAGAGCAAAACGCACAGCAAAGCCGAGCGACCCAAACCGCCCACCAGUCUGGCUCCCGACAAGUCUGUUCUGCCUAUACACAUUCCCAUCGUCUCACCAGACAGUCCGCAGACGGAAAAAGAUCCCGACUAUGACUCACUCCCUUCCCAAACGUCCCAGUCGGAAAGCUCCAUGCUGCAGGUUAUCUGUCGGCCGGAGGCUACGAGCAAGGAGGAAGCGUAUACCUUCCACACUGUGCACCGAGAGAGGCCCCGGAAGCUGUAUGCCGAGCGAGCCCUCAACCUGCCGCUGGGCGCGGAGCUGAUCACUGGCAACAUGUGUGACCUCCUGUCCACUUCUUCCAACUCGGAGUGCCAAGACAGCAUGGCGGGCGGUCACGCAGACUGUCCUUUCCAGCGACGCAUCAUUCCUUCACACCGACUUCGUCCCCGACGGACGCACCCUGAGAUCUUCCAGGAGGAGGACUCUUUAGACGACUCCUCAGAGACCUCCACCCAGGAGAAGCCCACCAGGAAGAUUUACUACAAGCUCAAGCUGUUUCCGGGCAAGUGGGUGGACAUUUUAUAUGACCGUCUCACCUUGCUCGCGCUACUGGACAGGAACCAAGACGUUCUGGAGAACCUGGUGGCGGUUUUCAUGGCCUUCCUGGUUUCCUUCCUCGGCUUUGUGCUGCUCAACGACGGCUGCUUCAAAGACUUCUGGGUCUUCCAGUUCUGUCUGGUCAUCGCCAGCUGUCAGUACUCCUUACUGAAGAGUGUUCAGCCAGAUGCAGCUUCACCAACGCACGGUCACAACCAGCUGGUGGCCUACAGCCGCGCGGCUUACUUCUGCAUCUUCUGCUCGCUCAUCUGGACGGUGGAGCAGCUGCUGCGUCGGAAGGACCUCCCCGUCUCCACUUUGUACGGCGUCACCAUCGUGUGCCGCGACGCGCUGCGCUUCGUGCGGAACCUGCUCAUGGGUUUCACUCACUGCUUCCCAAUCACGUUCCUGGUGGGCCUUUUCCCGCAAGUCAACACCUUCGCCAUCUACCUGCUGGAGCAGAUUGACAUUCACUUUUUCGGCGGAACAGCGGCUACAAGUCUGAUCUCAGCAGUGUACGGCAUCCUCCGCAGCCUGGGCGCUCUGUCUCUGCUCUACGGUUUCUGCUUCGGAGCUCUCAAGGAGCCGUGGGACGAGCAGCACACGCCAGCCUUGUUCUCUGGUUUCUGUGGCCUUCUGGUGGUCUUCUCCUACCACCUCAGUCGACAGAGCAGCGACCCCUCGGUCAUGAUAUCGCUGAUCAAGUCGAAAGUAAUGCCCACGUUAGCGGAGGGUGAGGAAGACGAGGGCCGAGACGCCGACAUCGAAGACCCUCUGCCCAAGAAGCUGCAGAAUUCGAUGAAGGAGAUUCUUUUGUCGGACGUGAUCGUGUGCUCGCUCGCCUACAUCCUGACCUUCGCCAUCACCGCCAGCACUGUCUUCCUGUCGCUCAAGCCCUUUGUGACCAUCGUUCUGUACGCGCUGGCGGGGACGGUGGGCUUGGUGACGCAUUACGUCAUCCCCCAGUUGAGGAAGCAUCAUCCCUGGCUGUGGAUCUCGCACCCGCUGCUCAAGACCAAAGAGUACCACGAGUUUGAGCCCAGAGAGGACGCAGUCCUGAUGUGGUUCGAGCGGUUGUACGUGUGCCUGCUGUGCUUGGAGAAGUAUGUGGUGUACCCCGCCAUCGUCCUGAGCGCGCUCACCAACGACGGCUUCGCCCUGAGCCACCGCAAGAGGCUGGGCAUCCACGGCGACGUCCUGUUGACCACCGUGGCCGGGAUGAAGCUCUUGCGCUCGUCCUUCUGCGACCCCAGCUUCCAGUUCGUCACCUUGCUCUUCACGCUGCUCUUUUUCCACGUCGACUGCCCGCGCGCUUCCGAAAGCUUCCUGCUCGAUUUCUUCCUCAUGUCCAUCCUCUUCCACAAGAUGCGCGAGCUACUGCUGAAGCUUCAUUUCAUCCUCGUCUAUAUCGCCCCCUGGCAGAUCGCCUGGGGCAGCGCCUUCCACGCCUUUGCCCAACCCUUCGCCGUGCCUCACUCGGCCAUGCUGCUGCUGCAGACGCUGAUCACGACCGUCUUCUACACCCCCCUGGCCCCCUUCCUGGGCAGCGCCAUCUUCAUCUCCUCGUACCCGCGGCCCAUUAAAUUCUGGGAGAGGAACUACAACACAAAGCGCAUCGACAACUCCAACAGCCGCCUGGUGUCUCAAGUUGAUAAAGAGACGGGCUGCGACGACAACAACCUCAACUCCAUCUUCUACGAAUACCUGACGCGCUCGCUGCAGCACUCUCUCUGCGGCGAUCUCAUGCUGGGCCGCUGGGGCAACUACAGCGCCGGCGACUGCUUCAUCCUGGCCUCGGACUACCUCAACGCCCUGGUGCACCUCAUCGAGAUCGGCAACGGCCUGGUGACCUUCCAGCUCCGAGGACUGGAGUUCAGAGGAACUUACUGCCAGCAGCGUGAGGUGGAGGCCAUCACGGAGGGCGUGGAGGAGGAUGACGCCUGUUGCUGCUGCGAGCCUGGCCACCUGCCCCACAUGCUGUCAUGCAACGCUGCCUUUAACCUGCGCUGGCUGGCGUGGGAGGUGACCGCCACCAAGUACCUGCUGGAGGGCUACAGCAUCAGCGAAAACAACGCUGCCACCAUGCUGCAGGUCUACGACCUCCGCAAGCUGCUCAUCACCUACUACCUGAAGAGUGUUAUUUACUACUUGGUGCACUCCCCCAAGUUGACCACCUGGCUCAAGGACGCCGCCAUCCACGAGGCGCUGCAGUCCUACACCAAGUGGCACCAUAUCGAGAGAGACCCUCAGGUGUUCAGCGUCAAGAUAGACGAGGACUAUGUGCACUGCCUGCAGGGGGUUACGCGAGCCAGCUUCUGCAACGUGUACCUGGAGUGGAUCCAGUACUGCGCUGGCAAGCUGGAGACGCCUGUCGACAGCGAUGAAGACUCCCCUCUGGUGACUUUGGCAUACGCCCUGUCGGUCCUGGGAAGACGAUCGCUUGGAACGGCGUCACAUAACAUGUCCAACAGCCUGGAAUCUUUCCUGUAUGGUUUCAACACACUGUUCAAAGGCGACUUCCGCAUCGCUCCCAAAGACGAGUGGGUUUUCGCCGAUCUUGACCUCUUGCAGAAGGUGGUGGCUCCCGCUGUCAGAAUGAGCCUGAAGCUGCAUCAGGACCACUUCACGUGUCUGGAAGAGACCGAGGAGGCGUCCAUCUUGUACGAGGCCAUCACAAACUACCGCAGCAGCCUGGUCAUUUGCCACGAGAGCGACCCGGCCUGGCGCAAGGCGGUGCUGUCCAGCCGCGACACGCUGCUCACGCUGCGCCACAUGGUGGACGACGGCACAGAUGAGUACAAGAUCAUCAUGCUCUACAAACGCCACCUCAGCUUCAAAGUCAUCAAGAUCAACAAGGAGUGUGUGCGAGGUCUAUGGGCAGGUCAGCAGCAAGAACUGAUCUUCUUACGGAAUCGCAACCCGGAGCGCGGCAGCAUCCAGAAUUCCAAGCAGGCGCUGAGGAACAUGGUCAACUCGUCUUGCGACCAGCCCCUGGGCUACCCCAUGUAUGUGUCGCCGCUGACAACGUCAUAUGCGGGAACACACCGGAUGCUGCGCACCAUCGGGGGAGGGGCUUCCAGCUUGGACGCCAUUCGUUCCUGGCUGUGCUCCAAAUGGCUCAGAGUGCGCAAGGACAACCUGAACAGUUGCAACAGUGGCGUCAACAUGGAUGACUGCGACUGCGGUGCCGGCGGGUCGUCAUCUCUGAGCCACAACCGGCCGUCAUCGGUCACCUCCAAUAGUCUGAGUGCUUACCAGCAGAGAGCCCCCCGGACCACACGAAGCCACCGACACCAUAGCUCAGCCCGGAGGGAGUAUCGCAGCAGAUCGGUGCAGCCUCAGACCCAGCGGCCGCCGGUCAACAGCCAAUCGGGACCCAUCGUGGACUCGGCCUCCAACCAUGGCUUGAUCCAGCGUCUGUCCAACAGCCAGCUGUCCUUCAACACUUCCAUAGCAUCCAUCUUCUCCCAGGUCCCUCGUCUCUCGGGAACCGGCGGGAUCAGCUCGCAGCUCCAGGCGGCGCCGAAUCAGCAGCGUUCCAGCCAAGUGUCGUCAUCGUCGUCUACCCUGAGUCUGCUGUUCGGCAAGCGCAGUUUCUCCAGCGGCCUGGUGAUCUCAGGGCUGUCAGCCGCCGAGGGGGGCAACACCACCGACACGCAGUCAUCGUCCAGUGUCAACAUUGCCAUGGGACCCUCACACCGGUCGGCCAGCAGGGCCACACAGUGGACGUCCGAGCCGUACGAGACGAUAUGUGACGGCUGGGUCCGCGACAACGCUGGGGACGCGUCGGAUGCUACACUUAAGGGCUUCCCGCAUUUCACGGCACUUUGGACACCAAGUGCUCCGGAUCGCUCGGAUUCCUUAUAG